GGCGGGGCCUGCGGCGGGGAGAGCCACUACUCUAGGACCCAGUCCUGGCGCCUUGGUCUCCGCCGUGCGGCAUUUCCCGGUGGCGGAUCGCUGUCUCGGGAUCGGGCGCAUGAGCCAGCUUUCAUAGUAGUGUGCGAGGAGCCCCGAGUGUGCCGCGCCCCGAUCUGAGAUACAGUGACCAGGAGCUAAGCUUUGGGAUGUGACAGAAUGAUGGACAACAAGGAUUUAGAAGCCGAAAUCCACCCCUUGAAGAAUGAAGACCGAAAAUCACCGGAAAAUCUGGGGAACAGGUUGAAGAAUGAAGAUAACUUGAAAAGCACACCUCCACAGACCCGGCUGUCCCGCUGCCGCACCGUGGCGUUCUUCCUGUCAUUGUUUACCUGCCUUUUCGUGGUGUUUGUUGUCUCGUUCAUCAUCCCGUGUCCAGACCGACCAGAGUCCCAGCGAAUGUGGAGGAUCGAUUACAACACAGCAGUUACCUAUGACUUUCUGGCCAUGGAAGACAUAAACAGGGACAGGAUCCAAGAUGUUGUCUUUCUUUAUAAAAAUACCAACAGCACUGACAAUUCCAACCAAUCCUGCGCUGACGAAGGCUUCUCCUCUCCCUGUGCCUUCGCGGCUGCCGUGUCAGGGGCCAAUGGCAGCGUGCUCUGGGAGAGGCCUGUGGCCCAAGACGUGGCCUUGGUGGACUGUGCUGUGCCCCGGCUGUCAGAUGGCAAGUCGUCUGCCUGUGUCCUUGUGGGAAGACCCAGUUCUCUCACUGCAGUGGACCUGCUUACAGGGGAGACCCUGUGGAGCCAACCCAGCAGCUUUGGUGGGAAUGCCUCUGUCCUGAGCCCUCUGCUCCAGGUGCCUGAUGUCGAUGGUGAUGGGGCUCCAGAUCUGCUGAUCCUUACCCGGGAGGCCACGCAGGUCAGUGGGUACAUCUAUUCAGGCAGCACUGGGCGCCAGAUUGGCCACAGAGGCAGCCUCGGUGUGGACGGAAACAGUGGCCUUCUCCUCCAUGUCACCCGGACGGGCGCGCACUACAUCCUCCUGCCCUGCGAAAGUUCCCUGUGCAGCUGCUCUGUGAAGGGUCUCUAUGAGAGGGUGACUGGGAGAGAGAGCCCCUUCAAGAGAGACCCCCUCUGGGAGAGCAUGCUCAACACUUCUGCCACCAGGCAGCUUCUGCGCAGCUCUGGAGCAGUCCGUUACUUGAUGAGCGUUCCAGGGAAAUCUGGCCAGGACUUGCUCCUUGUGAGCUCUGAGGCCUGUGUACUCCUGGAUGGACAGGAGCUGACACCCAGGUGGACCCUCGGUGAAGUCCAGGUCAUGAGAAAACCCAUCCUUGGCCACUACAAGCCAGACACCUUGGCCGUGGUCAUUGAAAAUGGAACUGGCACUGAUAGACAGAUCCUGCUUCUGGACCUUGGCAGUGGGGCUGUCCUGUGGAGCCAGGCCCUCCCCAGCUUCCCUGGAGGCCCACCUUCUGCCAGCCUGCCAACUGCUGACCACCGCUCGGCCUUCCUCUUCUGGGGCCUCCAUGAACUAGCCAGCACCAAUGAGAUGGAGCCCAGAGUCGCCCAGCACAGUCUGUACAUGUUCCACCCCACCUUGCCCAGCGUCCUUCUGGAGCUGGUCAACACCUCUGCCCACAUCAUUGCCUUCGAUGCGCUCCUGUUUGAGCCGAGUCGCCAUGCUGCCUAUGUCCUCCUGACUGGCCCAGCAAGCCCCAAUGUGCCUGGCCUGGUCUCUGUGACCAAGCACAAGGUACGGGACCUUGUCCCAGGCAGCAGGGUGAUUCGCCUGGGUGACGGCGGGCCAGACAGUGAUCAGGCCAUCAGGGACCGCUUCUCUCGGCUACGGUACCGAAGCUAGGUAUAAAUGGAACCAGCUGCAGCACGUGGAAAGACUCCAACUGCAGAAGCCAGGCACCCUGGGAAGUGGGCCCCUCCCUCAGCCUCCUAUAGAAUCCCCACUCUUGACCUGGUAACCACUGUCCACUUGGGAGCCACAGCCUUACUGGUCACGACCGAGGAUGUACAUGGGGUUGCCCAGGCCCCUGACCCAGCACUCCAUGUGCACACUGAGCUGCACUGGGUUUCACUAUGCCCUGAGGGUCUUAGCAGGCCAGGGUGCCCCUGCAGCCUCCUGGGCUGUGCGCAGAGCUCACCUUGUGGCAUGGCACCCUUGCUCUGUGCCCUCUCCUUGCCAGCUUCUCCCAGGCCAGAUAAGCCACUGUAGAAUGUGCAACUCCCAGGCCUGAUCUGCGUGCCCCUCCUCUUCUUGCCUGGUCCCCCCUCUGCACUGACCCCUGGGAUCAUGAAGAUCAGAGGAUGGGUGCUGGGGAAGGCCUGAGGCCUUGCAGCCCCCCAGGCCUACCCAGAGCAGAGGAAGCAGCUCCCAUGGGGGGAGAGGAAUAGGGAUCUAGAGUGGGGGUGCCCCCUACAGGUGGGCAGGGGGCCUGCACCACAGCUCACAGGUGUCCUUACUGCAUCCACUUGGUGUCAGUCUGUGCCCUCCGCACACAGGAGCUGCUGUCUAAUAGAGGCCCCAUGUCCCUGGGCAUGGGAGCACCUCCUGCCCCACUUCCUGGUGCUCAUCUGAUGUAGGACUCACUCUGUGCCUUGUCGCUCCUGAGGCCCAAGGGCAACUGCUGUGCUCUGCAAGGAGCAGCCCUGCCCAGUCCAGAACCUGAGCUCUGUAGCAAAGAGCCUGAUGAUGCCAGUCACCACAGAAACUACAGAAUAAACGUGCACUGUCUCGAAGA